GUAUUCAAAGUUUAAAGAAACUGGAAUACAAAACUUCCUACAAUUGUUUUUCUUCAAUUGCCUACAGUGAUUCAGAAUUCCAAUAUGAUGCGAAAUUUUUUUUAGCAGAACACAAUGAAAAAGGAUUGGCAAUUUCUAAAAAUUAUAAUACAGCCUUUGAUCUAUAUUCACAAGUUUCUAAGAGUUCAUCCAAAUACAAAUAUAAAGCCAAACUUUGGCUAGCAUCGCAUUUUGAAAAUGAAAAUGAUUACCAAAAAGCUUUUGAAUUUUAUUUAGAUAUAUAUUAUGAUAAACCUAAAAAUAUUAGAGGGUUGAAUUAUUGUGCUUUUAAAGAUGACAAAAAAGCAUUUGAAUUUUAUUAUUAUCUUUAUAAUAACGUUCCAGAGUACGCAA